CGCCGCCGUAUCUCGUUAUCACUUAACGUGGCGCGACUAGUUUGUUUACAUGAUAACAAAUCGUACACCGCUCGCGUGUGGACGCCGCUUGCCGUUUUGUUACAUUAUUUACAAUAGUGAUAAUUUCGUUUGAAAAAACGCUAUUGGUUUUCUCAUUUGUAUCCUUCUUCCGCACAAAUCAUGACUGGUAAAAGUUAUAUUUUGGAUAACGGAGCUCACACGGCCAAGGUGGGUCACACUGGAGACGACCAGCCAUUGAUUAUACCCAAUUAUAUAAUGAAGGCAAAGAGUGAAAGACGGCGUACGUUUAUCGGAGACCAGCUCAAAGAGUGUAGAGACAAGUCCGGAUUAUAUUAUAUGUUGGGAUAUCAAAAAGGUUAUUUAUUAAACUGGGAUAUACAAAAAACGGUUUGGGAUUAUCUGUUCAGUAAAGAGUGUUGUAAAGCAAAUUUUUCUGAAACACCAUUAAUCGUUACCGAACCAUAUUUUAACUUUUCAUCGAUUCAAGAAGGAAUGACAGAAAUAUUUUUUGAAGAGUAUGAAUUCCAUUCUCUUUUGCGCACUAAUGCUGGAGACCUAUCGUCGUAUCGUUAUCACCAAGAACACCAGUUAGCCAAAUGUUGUUUAGUUGUGGAAACUGGCUACAGUUUUACUCACAUUGUACCAUAUAUAUUGCAAAAAAAAUACAAACCCGGAAUGUUGCGUAUCAACGUGGGAGGUAAAAUCCUCACUAACCACCUGAAAGAGGUUAUAUCUUACCGCCAUUUAGACGUAAUGGAAGAGACAUACGUAAUGAACCAGGUCAAAGAAGACAUGUGCUUUGUGAGCACUGAUUUUAACCAAGACUUGAAAACCGCCAAGGCCAAGUGGCCAAAAAAUACAAUCAUUAGAGAUUAUGUACUGCCAGAUUAUACAACCGUAAAUAGAGGAUUUGUCAGGACAUUGGACGAGACCGGCGGCGCUGUCGAUAAAGACAAUCAAAUUUUGAGAUUGUCCAAUGAACGUUUUACGAUUCCCGAGAUUUUGUUCCAUCCCAGCGAUGUUGGUAUCGAUCAACUAGGCAUACCCGAAGCCAUCAUUUACAGUAUAAGUAAAUGUCCCGAAGAAACUCGUCCUCAUCUUUACAACAAUAUAAUCGUAACCGGGGGAAACGGUUGUUUCUCCGGUUUUAGAGAGCGUCUUUACAAUGACGUCAGAUCCCUUUCGCCCGAUGAAUUUGACGUUUCCAUUACCGUACCCAAAAAUCCCGUUACCUAUGCGUGGGGUGGAGGUGAAAUGUUAAGCAAAGAUCCAGAAUUUAAAUCUCUAAUUGUCACCAAAGAAGAGUAUGAUGAAGACGGUAUAUCGUCGUGCUUGCGAUUUGAUGUUUAAUGUCUUAAUUUUAAAAACAUGUUCCCUCUCAUCAAAGUCAACUGAUAUUAGUUUUUAAUUACUGUAGGACUAAAAUGUACAGUUCGAGUACAUUUUUUUUGUAUUUAUGUAAAACACGAUUGACUUACUAUGUAUCUUCCAUUAAUUAUUUGUAAAUAAUAAUUGUUUUAAGUUAAGUU